GUUGGAACUGGUGGAUUUCCUGGCUCUGGACUUGGAGCUGGUGGGCUCCCUGGCUCUGGACUUGGAACUGGUGGACUUCCUGGCUCUGGAGUUGGAACUGGUGGACUUCCUGGCUCUGGACUUGGAACUGGUCCUGGAGGUUAUGCUGGAGACAAAGCACGAAAAUAUGCUCAGCUUGGAGGUCCCGGUGGGGCUUUAGGUGCUGGAGGAUUACCAGGAGGACUUGGGACCGGUGUGCUUCCUGGCUCUGGACUGGGAGCUGGUGGACUUCCUGGCUCUGGACUGGGUGCUGGUGGACUUCCAGGCUCUGGUCUUGGAGCUGGUGGAUUUCCUGGAUCUGGACUUGGAACUGGUGGACUUCCUGGCUCUGGUCUUGGAGUUGGUCCUGGAGGAUAUGCUGGAGCCAAAGCACGAAAAUAUGGUCAGCUUGGAGGUCCUGGUGGGGCUUUAGGUUUACCUGGUGGGGCUGGAGGAUUACCAGGAGGAUUACCAGGGGGACUUGGGACUGGUGGUCUAGCUGGCACUGGACUUGGAGCCGGGGGAGUUGGAGGAACUGGUGGGGUACCUGGUGGAGGUGUUGGAGGGCUGCCUGGUGGAGGGCUUGGACCUGCUACUGGAACUGGGGGUAUAGGAGGUGCUGGUGGUACCCUAGGAGGACCUAGUUCAGGAGUUGUACCAGGAAGGACAGUAGGUGGACUUGGCGGAGUUGGAAGUCAGCCUGGAAGUGGACUUAGACCAGGAGGGACAAUUGGUGGUGGACCAGGUAGUGUGCCAGGUAGUGGCAUUGGACCCGGAGUUGUACCUGGUGGUGGGCUUGGUCCUGGAGGUGUGGCAGGUGGUGGCCUUGGACCUGGAAGUGUGCCAGGUGGUGGCUUUGGACCUGGAGGAGUACUUGGUGGUGGUCUUGGACCUGGAGGGUAUGCUGGGGCCAAAGCUCGCAAAUAUGGAUUCCCAAGUGGAACAGGUGGGACUGCUGGAACAGGAUUGCCUGGAGGAUUAGGAGGGGUACUUGGUGGUGGAUUAGGACCAGGAGUACCAGCUGGUGGUCUUGGUGCUGGAGUGGCACCAGGAGGUGGAGUAGGAACUGGAGGUGUACCAGCUGGAGGCUAUGGACCCGGUGGAGUACCUGCAGGAUAUGGCCCUGGUGGAGUUCCUGCGGGAUAUGGCCCUGGUGGAGUUCCUGCAGGAUAUGGCCCUGGUGGAGUUCCUGCAGGAUAUGGCCCUGGUGGAGUUCCGGCAGGAUAUGGCCCUGGUGGAGUUCCUGCGGGAUAUGGCCCUGGUGGAGUUCCUGCAGGAUAUGGCCCUGGUGGAGUUCCUGCGGGAUAUGGCCCUGGUGGAGUUCCUGCAGGAUAUGGUCCAGGUACUGGAGCAUAUCCAAGUGGAUCAAAGGCACUUAAAUAUGGUCAGGCUGGACGCGUUGCUCCAUCUGGUGUAGGUGGACCAUUUGGAAUAGGCACAGGUCCUGCUCAAGGAUAUGGAACUGGAGCAGGACCUGUAGGUGGAUACGGCCAGGGUACUGGAUUGAUUCCUGGGGCAGGAUAUGGCCUUGGAGUAGGCAGUGUACCUGGAGGAACAGGAGUCGGAGGAAGGCCUACAGGUGCUGCAGGAUAUGGACCAGGUUCGAAAGCUGCUAAAUAUGGGCAAUUAGGAGCAGGAGGAGGACUUGGCACUGGACAGGCUGUGCCUGGGGGCAUUGGAGGUGGUCUUGGCUCUGGAUCUGCUUUUGGUGGAGUUCCUGGCAGUGGAUUAGGAACUGGUCUUGGAAGCUAUGGAGGAUACGGACCAGGUGGAAAGCCACCAAAAUAUGGUCAACCUGGUGCUGGAACUGGGACUGUGUUAGGUGGAGCAGGGUUAGUGCCUGGUGUUGUUGGAUCUGGAACCACAACCACAGGAAUAGGGACUGGAACUGCAUCUGGUGCAGCCACUAUUGGUGGGGCAGGAGGGGUACCAGUCAGUGGAAGGAAGACAGACAAAUAUGGAGUUCCAGGCUUCACAGGAGGAGCAAUAGGAGGAACAGGAGUUCCAGACAGUAUACCAACAGCAUCCACAAAUCAGAGAACCCAAACAGGAGAUGACAGAGUUUUCCCCCUACAUCCUGGUGGAUCAGCUGAUAGGACUGGUAAUGACACUACACAAGUACCAGGUGCUACUAAGGCCCCCAGGUUGGGGGAACAAGGUGGAGUUAUAGAGGGAUCUGGCAGUUCUAUUGGUGGUGGUCCAGGUGAAGGAGUUACCGGUGGUUCUAUUGAUGGGGAUGGACUUGAUGGAGUUACUGGGACAGGAAUACCCAUUCUAGCUGGUGGUAAACCAGAUGGUGUUGGUCAAGGUCAGCCAUCAGGUGGUGGAGUAAGAGAUGGUCUACCAGGAGCCAAACCUCUGAAACCUCCAGGUGGUGUCAUACCUGGACGUGGUGAUACUCCAGGUGGAACUGGCGAAGAGCCGAGCGGAACUAGCAUUGGACUGGGUGGAGUUGAAGGUGGACUAGGUGGAGUUGGAGGGGGGCCCGGCUUAAUUGGAGGAGGUCCAGGCGGAGUUGGAGGAGGUCCAGGCGGAGUUGGAGGGGGACCAGGUGGAGUUGGAGGGGGUCUAGGUGGAGUUGGAGGAGGUCCAGGCGGAGUUGGAGGGGGACCAGGUGGAGUUGGAGGGGGUCCAGGCGGAGUUGGAGGAGGUCCAGGCGGAGUUGGAGGGGGACCAGGCGGAGUUGGAGGGGGACCAGGCGGAGUUGGAGGAGGUCCAGGUGGAGUUGGAGGGGGACCAGGCGGAGUUGGUACCAGCCCUAUAGGUGGUACAAUUAAACCCCCCAAAGGAUACCUCAGUACAGGUGGCGGACUUCUUGGUAGCAUUGGAGGUCCAGGUGGAGUAGGGCCUGGAGUGACAACAGGAACUGGCUUUUUGCCUGGAACAGGCAGUCUACUGCCAGGAGGUACAGGAGCAGGAACUGGAGGUUAUGGAACGGUUGGAGGUUUAGGGACCAGCGGCCUUUUUCCAGUAAAUGGUCAAAGGUUCCCAAGUGGAGCUGCUGUGGGUAGCAAAGGUCCUGGAUAUGGCCCUGGAACGGGAAAGCCAGCCAAAAGCUACUGGGGAACUGGAGCAUUGGGUGGAGUGGGAGGCCCAGGAGGACUUGGAGGAGUUCCUGGAGGUGUUGGCACUGGUUUAGGUGGAGUUGGUGGAGGUCAAGGAAGCAUUGGUGGAGGACCUGGUGCAGUUGGAGGUGGUCUGGGUGGUCAAGGAGGAGGUUUGGGCUACCCAGGCGGAGCAGGACUAAGAGCUGGGAAACCUGGGAAAUCAGGAUUUGGCAGUUUGGGUGGAGCAGGAGGCCUAGGACUUGGAGGUACAGGUGGGACUUUAGGAGGAGGUCCCGGUGGUGUAGGUGGAGGGCUAGGAGGCAUAGGAGGAGGACCUGGUGGGCCAGGUGGAGUUGGAGGCGGUUACGUCUACCCAGGCGGUGCUGGACUGGGAGCUGGAGUUGGGAAGCCUGGGUAUGGCACAGGUGCCUUGGGGGGUCAAGGUUACCAGCCAGGUAGUGGAGUGCCAGGAUACGGUGGUGGUGGUGCGGGCGUCUACCAGCAGCCACUCCCAGGCUAUGGAGGAGUUGGACCAGGAGGAGCUGGAAGUGCACCACUUACACCUCAACAAUCUAAAGCAGCCAAAUAUGCAGCUCUCCAGGGUGCUCUAGGUGCUAGAGGCUACAGAGGAGGUGCUGGGUGCCAAGGCAAAUACUGUGGGAGGAGGAGGAAAUGAGAGCCCUGCAAUGAGAAGUGACCUCAUGAAGUGGUGCUACUGCAUAAUCUCGAAUGUACUUUUUCGUUUUCUAGUGGGAGAAAAGUAAAAGUAUUCCCGCUCAAAGUGCACCUCGUAACACGAGACAGACGUUCAGUGUUCAAAUCCCCCCUUUUUUUUUUUUUCUUAACACAUAACUUUGAUUCAAGGAUGUAUGCAGUGUGCACUUACUCAUGCAUGUGUGGCACAAUGUAAACCCCAAGUCCAAUUUACACACACCAGUUAAUACUUAAAGGACAGGCUUUAUCACAGCACCCAAGGGUUCACCAUGUUCACCAUGUCACUACUUUCACUGUAAUCUCACCUAAAUGAUCUAAAAGUGUUACCAACCAACAGAAAACACCAGGAUCUCUGAUGUGUUUAACUCUGUGGCUACACUUCAGCCAAUCUCAGUCCUUCAGCCUUCACUUUCACUUCCAUAACUGCAUAUUUAGUCAUGCUGUAUGGGGAAACGUUGCUGCUAUGUACUGUAAUAGACAAACUGUGAUAGCAAUAUCAAGUUGUCAUUAAGCUAAGUGGUUCAGGCCACCUCAUCACAUAGGCUAUUUAACACUUGCUUUUCUCUCGUUUGAUGGUGCCAUUUUUCAUUUUCUUUUGUAUUAAGGGGAGCUGAAACCGACCUCCUCAUGAGUGCACGAUGCUGUUCUUAAACACAGAUGUGCUCAGCGUCAUUGUGUUUGCCAUGUGUAUUAACAUUUCAAUGAACAAACAGUACAUUCUGCUGUAGGAAGUAUAUUAUCAAAGUACUGAGGAAUACAAGUUCAUGGCACCUCAGGAUUUUAAGCUAGCUCUCAUGUAGUUUUUGAUAUAGUGAGAUCUGAAUUUUCUUUCUUUCACUUACCUUCCAUUAAAUUAAAUCCAUUUUGGAUUUAGUGUUCCUUAUGCAUUUAACCUUAGCGAUGUGCGAUUUUCUUACUGUGUGAUUUCUCACUGUAUGUGUUUGGGUUGUUUUUUUUUGUUGUUGUUGUUGUUUGCUUGUUUGUUUGUUUUUGUUUUUAUUUUUUACAUUUGUGAAUCAUGUAUCAGUAUUUGGAAAAGAAACCUGCGAUAAUGGGAAUGACGGUUCAAUCAUCGAAUCUUAUUCAUUACCAGCAGGUUUGCAAUGUUUACUUUUUGAUUUUUUUUUCUUUUACAAUCUUUGAAAAUCAUAUAAAACUCUUUUCAUGUGAUGCAUUUUAUAUAUAUUUUUGCCUUUAACUAAAUAGCAAAAUAAAGGAUAUUAAGGAUAGGAAAUUUAA